CCCGGCGCGGCCAUGAUCGAGGUGUCGGCGGCGCUGCUGCGGGGCGCCGCGUUCCUGGCCGGGGAGGCGCUGGAGUGCCUGGUGACGCUGCGCAACCCGCUCCCGCCCGACGCCACCUCCGCCUCCAGUGAAAUGCUGGCCUGGGCCAGUGCUCAGAUCCACUGCCAGUUGCAUGCCAGCGAGAGCCGGGUGGCUCUGCCUCCUUCAGAAGACACCAGCUAUGACGCCCAGGCAGAAAAUGAGACCGUCUUUGUGCCCAACAGAGGGGAGCGGGGUCAGUGCAUCCUGUCAACACCCCCAAAGAUCCUCUUCUGUGACCUGAGGCUGGAUCCUGGCGAGUCCAAAAGCUACUCCUACUGCGAGACGCUGCCGGUGGACGGGCCGCCCUCCUUCCGUGGUCAGGCGGUGAAGUAUGUCUACAAGCUGACCAUUGGCUGCCAGCGGGUGAACUCUGCUAUCAAGCUCCUCCGGGUCCCCUUCCGAGUGCUGGUGCUCCAGGGGCUCAGAGACUACCCUUUCCCCCAGGAUGAGGCUGUCGCCCCCUCCAACCCGUUCUUGGAGGAGGAAGAGGGCGGUGUGAAGAAGUCCUCCCAGCUGGCAGACCUGGCCACAGAGCUCCUGAUGGUCGCUACUUCACGGCGGAGUUUGCACCUGUUCAACAUCAGCAACGCCCGGGGUCGCGUGGCCACCUUUUGCAUCUUCAAGACCAUUUAUAAGAUCGGGGAGGAUGUGGUUGGGACGUUCAGCUUCUCUGAGGGGGAUACGCCUUGUCUGCAGUAUCUGGUGAGCCUGCAGACGGAGGAGCGGGUCCAGGAGGCCUUUCAGCGCCGGAAGGGGCAGGCUGCCUCCUACAGCACCCAUGCCCGGCACCAGGAAGCCUGCCUGCAUACCACCCGGACCAGCUUCAGCCUGCCCAUCCCACUCAGCUCGGCUCCAGGGUUCAGCACCAGCAUUGUGUCCCUCCAGUGGAGGCUCCACUUCGAGUUUGUCACCGCCCGAGGCACAGCAGAGGCGCCUGUGGCCCUUGAGGACCGGUCAGAAGCUGUUGGCUGGACAGGAGCAGAGCAGAUGGACGUGGACACUUUCAGCUGGGACCUGCCCAUCAAGGUGCUGCCCACCAGCCCCCUCCUGGCCACCUCCGCCUCCCAGCUCCCUAGCUCCAGCUGUCUCACUAUCUGAACAGCUCCAGCAGUCCUCGGUAGGAGAGGAGCAUCGCCCCUUUUGUGGGCCAGCUGGCGGGGGAGAUCCGGUGUAUGUGAGUGGCCCUGGGAAGGUUUCUCACGUGGCCCACAGCCCCAGGACUUACCAUCUCCAGUGUAUUGGUGCCAUUGGCAGGACGUGGCAGGCAAGACCUGGCAUCUUCCCGGCCCCCUGGCCCCGGCUGGGGCGUUCCCUUCCCCCAUGGAUGACACUGCCCUGACCUGUUCCUUCUGAAACAGCUUCAGGGCUGAAAGGGGGGGGGGGCUCUUCUUUGCUUUUCAGCUCCACCCAGUAUGCUGUUUUGUGUCUGUCAAUAAAGAGUGCUCUAAC